AUGUCUCGAGUCGUAACUGACGGAGACUUAAGUCCGCAGCGCCAUUUUCCGCGAAACCGCGGUCCUGCUUACGUGGCCGCUCCUCGCGGAAUCCAAUACCCGGAGGAUUUGAUCUCCCCCACCAACCCGGGAGUCGCUCCCGGCCGAGCGGGCGACCAUGUGCGACGGCCAGCCGGUCGCACGCCGAUUCGCACGGUGCAGGAGGGCCAUCAGCUUACAGAAGGCGACGACUCCGCAGACAACCGAGGCGGCGGCCAGAGGAGAAUAACGAUCCCCGCCGGGGGUGGCGGCGGAGGAGGCGGCGGAUAUCACGGAAGUACGUCGCCGCUGCGCAAUGCCAUUCAUGGACGGUCCGAGAGCCACUCUGGGGAGUCGGGGGAGCGAGGAGGCCGCGCGGAGCACGCGGGGGACCUUCAGCCGCGGCGGGCGGCGAGCUCCAACGAGGCGGGGUACGGCCGGCCGGCCGCGCUUCGCCUGGACGCCGACAUGAUUAAGGCCGGCAGGAAGGACUCUCUGAGCCCCCGCCGCAUGGUAAAGGUCGCCACGCCCUCCGCGCAGCCCAGCAGCGCCACCGCCCGCGCAGGGGGGCCAGGCGGGGGGCCCGGGGGCGGAGGCAUCGGGGGAAGCUUCCAGGCGUCGCGGGGGGAGGCGGAGCACAUGCGGCGGGUGGCGGAGCUGAUGGAGGCGGUGCGGGAGAACGACGUUGACCUGGUCAACGUGGUCCUGCAGGAGGCGCCGUCCCGCACCGCUCUGCUCAAUACUGUUUAUCCAGCCUCUCAGCGCACAGCGCUGCACGAGGCGGUGGUGGCGUCCAGCACGGAGGCGGCGGGCGCGCUGCUAGAGUGGGGCGCUGACCCUGACGGCGGGCAGUCCGCGCAGAUGCCGCCCAUCAUGUACGCGGUGCAGACGGGCAACGACAAGAUGGUCACGCUGCUGCUGUCGCACGGCGCGGACAUCAACGCACAGGACGCCAAGCAGUACACUGCGCUGCACUACGCCUGCGCCGCCGGGCACAGGGGCAUAAUCAAGCUGUUGCUGGUAGCAGGCGCCAACAUGUACGCGCGCAACAGGGACGGGCUGUACCCGCAGCAGCUGGCCUCAACGGACCGCAUCCGCACGCUCUUCCGCAAGCUGCAUGAGUAUCACCAGCGCCACGGGCUCGUGGGGAAGGGGAGGGCGCGGGGGCGGGCGGAGGGGGCGCGGGGGGAGGGGGCGGAGGGGGCGGAGGGGGAAGGGGGUUGA